AUGCGUGACGUACCACCACCAGCACCGCCACCACCACGAGUUUUACCGGUAUUACCACCUGCGAUGCCACCACCAUCGAUGAUUCUGCCGAGAUUGCUGCAAUCACCUCGACUUGGGUCAGCAGGAAUCGGCGUUGUCGAAACUCCAUUGACGGUUGAUGAAGAAGCAACUCGUAUAUACGCCAGGAAUCUGGGACGAUUUGAGGAGCCACGAUCGGCACGUGAUAAACUGCCGAUGAGAGGAGAAUCCAACUCGCUAGACCCCUACGAGAACUGGCAUUGA